AAUGAACACAAAAUUGAUACUGGAAGUUUGAGGGGGGCAUCACAGGAAGACAUAGUACUAGUAGCAUAAUGAAAUGAUCCAGCUUCCUCUUUGCUCUUUUGUUCAUUCUUCCCUGUCUGUGCCGGCAGAGCAGGGUUGCAGACAUCAACAUGCAUGUGGACACUGUCUUCCUUGUGUGUCCCCUGAUUUUUGCAGCCUUGUGGAGGGGGGUCCAGGCUGUCUCCCCUGUACCUUCAGUCCCUGACCGUGUCCAAGCUCUGGUGGGCUCCUGCGUUGUGAUUCCCUGCUCCUUCACUCCUCCAGCCCCUCAUCCUGCCAGGGGGAGGAAACAGAGGGUGGAUGUGCGGCUGAGGUUCAGAGGUGGUGGCCCUUUUUUUCCUCUUCGGAGCACCGCUUUUAACAGCCAGGACAAAGGCCAAGUGAGCAGAGAUUUCCAAGGCAGAGCAUCCCUUUUUGGCAAAAUCGCAGAGGGCGACUGUUCAGUGAAGAUCGAACAGAUCAGGGAGGAUGACCCCCAGGUGUUUGAAAUUUCUCUGAAGACAGGAGAUGACUUACUCUGGGGGAAGCCUAGGAGCUUCAAUCUGGAUGUUAUUGACACACCUGAAGCUCCUGUCAUCAGUGGCCUGCUGUCAGCCACAGAAGGGCAACUGGUCACCCUGAACUGCUCUGUCAACUAUCACUGCCCCUCCACACCUCCUGCCCUGCAGUGGAUGUGGGAGCGGGGAUCCCAGCUGAACAGAACUCAGCCUGGGGAGCAACAGACACUCUACCCAGAUCCCCAUAGACAGGUUUUACUGGCCUCUUUGACCUUUACUGUGACACACCCGGUAAAGCCCAGGCUCAGGUGUGAGGUCAUCUUUCCAGGCCCCAAAACACUGUCCACUUUGAAGGAUCUGCAUGUGACAUUUCCUCCAAAAGACGUGAAGAUUCAAGUCCAGUCCUUGACAGUGAAGGAGGGGGCCAGUGCGCUGCUGGUGUGCUCAUGUAAAGCUGACCCUCCAGCAACAGAGUACCGCUGGUCCUACACUCAACAUGGUCGCACUGUGCACCUCCACCAGCGAACGCACACAGUCCGGCUGUACAACGUGACUCGAGAUAUGAGGGUCCGCUGCUCAGCUCAGAAUGCAAUUGGUCGAGGAGAAUCUCAGUUCACAACUCUUAAUAUACAGUAUAAGCCAGCCAUCAUCCAACUUGCCUCCUUCUGUGUUGUAGAGGAUUCAGAGGUGGUGUGUCAAUGCUCUGUCGACUCUAACCCCAAAUCUGCAGUCACCUGGAGCGUUAAUGAGACUGUUCCACCUCAAGAUUACAAUGUGUCUGUAACAUCAGAGCCCAAUGCACUAACAGCUACUCUGAGGGGCAAGAUGGACAAACCUCAGAAGGUGAUUUGCUUUGCUUUCAACGCUCUGGGAAACGACUCACUGGUCUUGCUGCAGGGAAAGGAAGAAACAACCCUUUUCCUGUGGCUGAUUUUACCUGCUGUCACCAUCGUCUUGGUCAUAUCACUUCUGGCCCUUCUUGUCUACUGCUGCAAAAAGAGAUCUAGAAAGCAUGUUCUAAUAAGACAUCCCGCCAUGUAUCCUGGAGGAUUGGAAAUUUAUCAGGACAGGAUGCCCCUAUAUAUCAAUUGCACAGAAGUGACUCAUGUUUACACUAAUGGCAGCUACCAGCUUGUGUACCAGAACUGCACACCUCUUUUUGUCCAUACCAAGCAGAUCCGUCCAAUGGGCAGAAGAGGUGGGGAGAGGCGAAGAGGUGGGCAAGGUGGAGAAAUUAACCAAAGUGCUGGUCAGGAAGUCCGAGGCCGAAGAGAAGUGCAGGGUGCUGCGGUGGCAGAUUCAGAGACAGGCAUCUACCUGGAGAUUCUCUGAGCACAAAGCUACAUUAAAGUGACAUUAAAUUUUGGAGUCAUACUGGUUGUUAUCCACAUGUUUCUGUAGUUCUUAGAGUAUUGCAGACAUUGUAAAUCCAUAUAUGUACAUAUGUCAUUUGCAUUUCAGAACAGUGCACUCUGAUCUGGGGUUGGUCCUUCUUUCUUCUAGUUUCCACACACAACAGUUUCUGCCAUUGAGUGACAGUGAUGUGUUUCUUUGCUCUUCAUAAAAAGGAAAAAAAAGAAAGAAAGAAAGAAAAGGUUUGAUGAAAGAGUUUUCAUUGUUUUGACUGUGAAGCCCUUGAGGAAAAAACCAGACCCUCAAACCUGAUGUAGUCUGACCAGUCAGCUGCAUUUAUAACAGCAGCUGGAGCCUAAACGUGGUCCUCGGGAUGCUUUAAAAGUUUCUCUGGAAGGAAAGAGAGCAGCUCCAGCUGUGAUGAAAUUUAUAAGAUUCGUUACAUCAGCGAUGACUCUGUUGAAUUAAGCAUACCUGAAAGUGUUUCUAGGACUGGAAUUUCAAAACUUUUUUUGUGACUGUUGUUUU